AUGUUCGAAAAGUUUUCUUAUAUCUUACUCUUCAUUCAAUCAAUAAUUGCUUGUAACGCUAUUGACACGUAUUCUAUAGUUGAACAAACAGGAGCAACAGUAACAACAACACCUCAACCUCUCUUGACAUCAUUAGAAGAACUGAACAAAGAAUUUCGACGUCACUAUAGAAACGCUCUUGAUGAUUAUUGGCGUUUAACAAGUGAAAAUGGUACAGUCUUCAUCAGAAAUGGCGGUUCUCUAACUUUUAUUCACAAAGGAAUUCGUUAUCCAACAAUCAAAACAAUUCCACAGAGUUUUCAUCAAUUAAAAACUAUUGCACAUAUUCCAAUUACUGUCUAUCUUCUUUGCAACAAUUUGCCUACUGUGUCCGAUGAUACACUCGAACAAUAUUGGAAACAAUUGAAUAAUCUUCAGUUGCCAGAUUCAAUCGGAUCGGAACGUCAGUCAGCACUUCGAAUUAUACAUGAAUCUCGAACAUUCAUUCGACAAAAAAUCAACAAUAAAAUGUCAGUUGAUCAAAAGAGUCUAACGACCUACAUUCAACAUAUCUGGAAUGACUCUUCUGCUCUGAUAGACGCAGCUGCUAUCGCUAAUUUGAAUUCCACGCAUCAUAUCAUUCAAAAAUGGCUGAAUGAACAUAAUAUCAAUCGACACGAUCCAUCAAUAAAAGUGAUAGUUAUCGGUCCUCAAUCAGCUCGUCAAAAUAAUUUCGAUACUACGUAUUUUGAAUAUCUUCUUGGUGACGAUCAAAAACAAAAUGUUUUCUACAUUGAAGAAAUAUACAAUGAUGAAAAUAAAGUGAUUUCAAUUUUCUCUAAUUGGUUUCUUCAAGAACAAUUGAGUAACAUUUUUUUCAAUGAUAAUAAUCGAAUGCAUAGUGAUUUACUAAUGACUGACAAUGUACGACAACACAUGAUCGAACAAAUACUUCUUUGUUAG